AUGUCGGAACCGGUGGACGAGGGACACAGUCCGGAUGUACUGGAAGGGGUUCGGGCACGUGGCUCUGCUCGGAAGCGCGAGACUGUGACGCGCGAGAACGUGUUCAUGGGCACCGAUCGGAUGCGGCCGGAGGAGAAGGAGCGGGCGCUUGGAUGGGCGGUCGAGGCGGUGAACCGUUUCGAUUCGGAGAUGGACGUUGCGCGGUUCCUGAAGGACAACUUCGACUCAGCGUUUGGGGAUAAGUGGCAUUGCGUGGUGGGCCGCCAUUUCGCCUCACAUGUGUCCUAUGAGAAUGAACACUAUAUUUAUUUUAAGAUCGGUCGAGAGGUCAUCCUCCUGUUUAAAAGCGGUGGAGUGGGCAAACCCGCGGGACACACGUAG